AUGAGCGUCGGUACUGUGACUGGCCCGAACGAGAGACUCCAGAAGCUCGUCGAGCACUGGCAACCUGUCUUCCAGGGCAAGAGCGUGGACACCGAGAAGGCCGCGGACUACCUCGACCGCUUCGCGCUCAAGAUCAACUUCAACAAGUGCAAGCCCCCCGGCUACGACGCGCUCAAGAUAUUCGCGAGACGUUCAUUAUCUACUUCGCCUGGCAUGGAUGGCCCCCCGUGCAUCGCGUGGGCAACGAACGAGAAGUGCACGGAUAUUCUUUGGUACGUCAUGUGCUGGAUGCUCAGUGGGUUCAUCCACCACCGCAACUUCGGCUACAACAUCCUGGAGCUGGACGUCGAGAGCCGCGUCGCGUCCGCCGACCCUGACGCCGUGGGGAAGUUGCCCGUGCUGGUGUCUCUGGACAUCGCGCAGGCGUUCCUGAGCUUCGCGCACCAGUUCAUCUGCCUCGCGCUGAAGGCCAUGGGCGCCCCCGUGGCGGUCCUGAACUUCUUCGACGCGAUGUGCCACAACAUUCUGGCGAUGGCGUCCUGUGCGGGUCAGUGCAUCCCGCUGUUUUACAUCCGCUCGGGCAUCAUCCAGGGCUGCGGGUGGAGUGGCACGCUCUUCGCGAUGGGCUCGAAGCUCGAGCUCAGGGGCCUCGGGAUCUGUAGGGCCUGCGCCGACGACCUCUGCCUGGCGCUCACAGCAGUGGCCCAUCUCUUCCACCUGGCGGGCGUGAUGGUGCUCAUGGAGGACCUCGCGGGCCUGGCGCUGAAGCCUGCCAAGUGCCACGUCAUCCCCUUGGCGGGCCCUGUCGACGACGAGCUCGUGCUCAAGCUCCGCAACGCCCUGGUCGCGAUCGUGCCGCGCUUCCAGGAGUUCAACAUCUGCGACCACCUGACCUGCCUCGGCCUUCUGCUCGGCCCUGGCAUGUUCAGCGCCGGCGACGCCCCCUCUAUGGGCUCCGCCAACCUCUGCAACAGCCGUGCGCUUCCCGUCCUCGGCUACCUGGACCAGUGCGCCCUGCUGCCCCGCGAGCACUUCAAGUCCGAGAACUGGGUCAACCCCUCGGUCCUGCGGUUCCCAAAUGGCGCCUUCAGGGUUCAGGACUGGCCGCGGCCGAAGGUCUGGGGGAUCCAUGCCCCGCGGCCGCUGCAGCUCACGAUGCUUGCCACGAUCGUCCGAGCUGCCACGUCGACCUUCAAGAGGUUUCCAGAAAUUCGCGAGCGCCUCCGCCGUGGUCUCGACCAGUACGGCGACCAGCAGACGCUGUUAGGCACAGCGCGGGGCGCCUUGCAUCUCUCGCCGCCGUGGUGGAAGAUGGCGCCCUUUGUCGAGACGCUCCGCCAGAUCGUGUCCGCGUCGGCGGACCACCGCUAUUACCCGUCCAUGCUGCUUGUACCUGCCUUGGCGUGCGCGCGGGCUGCCAUCGCUGAGGAGACGCCGUCGGUCGCCCAGCGUAAGGCGUACGCUGCCGCUCUGGAGGCGCGGGGCCCCGACACGAUCGGCCCGUUCCUGACCGCCAGGAUCGUGCUCGAGCUGCCCGACACGGCCGAGUUCUUCGGGCGCUUCCCUGAUGCCGUCUCCCGGGUGUGUGGAGCCAUGGAGAAACUGCCUCCCUCGUGGGCGGCCUCCUGGAUGCGGGCGCUCUCCUUCUCCUGGCUGACCUCGAGCAGGGUUAUCAACGUGAGCGGGCGCAAGGACUGCAUCUUCCAGUGCGUGUACGGCGAGGACUCCAUGAAGCACUACCUGACGUGCGGGCCCCUCGCAGUGGCAGUGGCGCGCGCGGUUCGAGCCUCCGUCCAGACCUCCGCCAUUGCGAACCUGGGCCUCCAGGACUGCUCCAACGAGAACGUGGAGCUCAUCGUGGUCGCGUGCGGCACCUACCGCUUGCUCCGCAAUGAGUUCGUGGUCGGCCCCGAGGCCGCGCUCUCUGCGGCUCGCGCGGCGCGGAGGGCCUCGCGGACGAUGCACAGGCCUCCGAGGGUCCAGCGGGCACCUCUGAUGCAGGCCGCUGAAGUUGCCGCGCACGACCAAGACACGCUGCUGAAGUGCGCCGCCCAAGCCGCGGCCAGCUUCCACCACCUGCGGGAGCCCUUGUGA